AUGUCUUCCAAUAAUUGCAAACCCUGCUCACAACCUUCUCUGACAUGCUGUCCCAAUCUGUUCGAUCCUAAAUUUCAACCGCACAACUAUAAACAACCUCCUAGGAUAAAUUCAUCAACAAACACUUUUUUGGCUCAGUUUCUACAUAACAGGACUCCGCAAAAUUUGUAUCUUCAACCAGCAGGAAAAAAUUAUUCUAAUACAAAAAACGUGUCAAAUUAUAAACAACAAACAAACCUUAGUUAUCCAUCAUCACCAAACUCUAUUGUUAAAACAAAUAGUCGGGAAGUGUGUUUUGAUCAGUGCUCCUGUAAUAAGUAUAUUUCUAGUCAACUAUCUAAAAAACCGUCUAGACAACAGUCAAGACAAUCUGUGUGUAAACAUGCUUUUACAAAAAAUAAUCAAACGCACAAAAAUUCUGCUGAGUUUUCUCUUGGAAUAAACCAAAGAUCGGGUUUUGGCCAGUGUUCAAGAACAAAUGACCACAAUGAAAAACACCAGCUAGCGUGGACUUCAGAUAGACCAAAUCAAAGACAACCAUGUCGAUUUGAGAAAACUCCUAGUUACUGGGAUUGUUUAACCACAAACGGAAUUGUGAAUGCGUCAUUAUCGUCGAUAGAACUUUAUCUGUCUGAACCAUUUUAUGAAGAUAAAUCCUGCUCAUUUACUGCCAACGGCAUGAAUUUCGCAAGUCAAAGUUAUGUGUUGGAUAACACUACAUGCAGUUGCUACAACAACACAACACAUAAAAGUCAAAGUCAUGUUGCCUCUAGACAGUCAGAGCCACAUAAUUUAUAUAGUGAAGUAUUCAAUUCAAGUACCACCAUUCCAUAUGGCCGUUUACCCGUGAUGUCAAACAACUUUAAUAGAAAUAAGACAGCGACCAAUGUUCAAGAAUAUCCACCAAAAAAAGAAUGUAUACGUGGUGAAUACUUCCUAGAAGAUGAAGAUAACACUAAAAUUAAAAUUACGGUUUCCGUCAAAAUAGAUGACCAGCUAGAUGCAAUUAAUUUGACGUCUGGCCGCUUGGUAACACUUGCCAGCAAUAUAAUCCAGUUAACGACAAUGCGGAGCAUAGAAAUGAAAAACAAAAUCAGAAAUUUGAUAACAAAGAACGUGGUAGACAGAGACAUAAAAGAAAGAAGAAACAGAAAAAAAGAUAUCAGAAAAUGA